AUGAUGUAUAAUGUUUAUGAGCAAUUAACUAUUAAGGAUUUAGGAAAUUGGAUUGCUUCUGGAGCAAUGAUAUUUGGUGGUAUUAUUCCAUAUGUACCACAAUACAAAGAAAUUAAAAAAAGAGAUAGUGCAGAAGGAUUUUCUCUUUAUGUAUGCCUUACACUUUUAAUUGCUAAUACAUUACGUAUUUUCUUUUGGUUUGGGAAACAUUAUGAAAUACCUCUUUUAUUACAAAGUAUAUUUAUGAUUGUUACUAUGUUUAUAAUGAUUAAACUAUGUAUAAGUGUACAAAGUAGAAAUCAAGUAAUAAAAGUUAGAGAACGUGUAUUUUUAGAUUUUGAUGCAAAUUUUUUUUGGAAAUGGACAGAUUUUCAAUCUUAUUUAGAUUUUAUGCUAUUGUUUGCGGCAUUAAUAGGAAUAUUAACAUAUUUGUUAAUAGAUAUACCAAUAUUUGUUGAAACUAUUGGAUUAUUUGCAGUAUUGACAGAAGCUAUGCUUGGAAUACCACAAUUUCUACGUAAUUUUUUUAAUAAAUCUACUAAUGGAAUGAGUAUUUUUAUGGUUGCUAUGUGGACAUUAGGUGAUGCAUUUAAAACAUGUUAUUUUAUUAUAAGAGAAGCUCCAAUUCAAUUUGAAGUUUGUAGUACUCUUCAAGUUAUAAUUGAUAUUGCAAUUUUAACACAAGUAUAUAUUUAUCAAAGCAGUACAUCAAUACAUACAAGAGUCCCAGUUCGAAUAGAUUGA